AUGGCUAGCGAUCUUGAACGGAUUGUCCAGCUGCUGGAUGCCACCCUCGACCCGACCAAGCACAGAAAAGCCGAGACCGCACUUAAGAUUGAAGAGAAGAAGCCCAGGUUCUCUCUUCUACUUCUCCAGAUCGUACACGCCGAGCAGCUACCCGUCAACACCCGACUGGCCGCGUCGCUGUGCUUCAAGAACUUCAUCCGCUUCAACUACGUGGAUGCCAGCGGCAACUACAAACUCCCCGCCGAUGAGGUCUCGACCAUCAAACAAGAGCUCAUUGGGCUCAUGAUUGCCUGCCCGCCAACGAUUCAGACACAGCUCGGAGAUGCCAUAAGUUUGAUAGCAGACUCGGAUUUCUGGGAGAGGUGGGACACACUCGUUCAGGACCUCGUUUCGCGAUUGUCGCCCGAUGAUGCCAAGGUGAACAACGGAGUGUUGGAAGUCGCACAUUCGAUCUUCCAGCGGUGGCGGCCCCUGUACCGGUCUGAUGAUCUCUUCAUGGAGAUCAACCAUGUUCUCAACACAUUCGCGACACCGUUUCUCAGCCUCCUGAAUGCCACUGACCAACAAAUCACCGCGAACGCCAACAACAAGGAUGCCUUGAAACCGUACUUCGACACCCUGAGCCUGCUUGUCAAGGUUUUCUACGAUCUUUCGUGUCAAGACAUGCCGCCGCAAUUUGAGAACAACCUGGAGCAGAUCUCGACUCUACUCCACAAAUACUUGACCUACGAGAACCCAAUACUAGCAACAGACGAUGAAUCGGAAGCCGGUGUGCUAGAGAACGUCAAGGCCGACAUUUGCGAGGCCCUGGAACUCUACACGAGCAAGUACGAUGACGAUUUCGGACGAUAUACGCAGGUUUUCAUCACUAGUGCCUGGAACCUACUGUCAUCAAUCGGACCCGAGACAAAAUACGACAACCUCGUGAGCAAAGCUCUUCACUUCCUGACCGCCAUCGCAAGCGUUGAGCGCCAUGCACAGAAUUUCAACGACGAAAAUGUGCUCAACUCGGUCGUGGAGAAGGUUAUUCUGCCAAACGUUGCUCUGAGAGAGACGGACAUCGAACUGUUUGAGGACGAGCCUAUUGAAUUCAUCCGAAGAGACUUGGAGGGCUCGGACACCGACUCGAGACGGAGAGCAGCCACAGACUUCUUGAGAACGUUACAAGAGAAGUUCGAGCAGCUUGUCACCAACGUUGCUGGCAAGUACAUCAACCACUACUUGGAGCAAGGCAAGGGCAACUGGAAAGACAAGGACACAGCCAUAUCCCUCUUUUUGUCAAUAGCGGCGAAGGGAGCUGUCACCGCUGGCCAGGGAGUGAAGACGGUGAACUCACUCGUAAAUGUAGUUGACUUCUUCCAACAGCACAUCGCCAGCGAUUUGAUCACAGACAACGGAGUCGAACCAAUUUCCAAAGUCGAUGCCAUCAAAUACUUGUACACCUUCCGAAGUCAAUUAACGAAGGAGCAAUGGCAGGCUGCCUUCCAGCCCCUCAUCCAAAAUAUGGGAUCCUCCAAUUACGUCGUAUACACCUAUGCUGCGAUCGCAGUCGAGAGAGUUCUGUAUCUCACUGACGAUCAAGGCAACCACGUAUUUUCCCGGCCCGAUAUCGAACCAUUUGCGAAAGACCUUCUGGAGCACUUAUUCAAGCUUGUGGAGAAGGAGCAGGCGCCUGCGAAGAUGCAAGAGAAUGAGUUCUUGAUGCGGUGCAUCAUGCGAGUGCUCAUCGUAAUGAAAGAGGGUGUUAUGCCUUUCGCAGACCUGGUGCUAGAUCACCUGGUCAAGAUCACGAAUGUCAUCAAGGAGAACCCAAGCAAUCCCAGAUUUUAUUACUAUCACUUCGAGGCCCUGGGUGCCCUGGUAAGGUUGCACUAUACUUGGGUCACCCAACCUUUGCCACACAAAAUUGCGUCGAAUGUCGCGUCAUCCGGUGCAAGCACUAAAUUGGAAGAACGGUUGUGGGAGCCAUUCAACCAGAUCCUCACGGAGGAAGUCAACGAAUUCAUCCCAUAUGUCUUCCAGCUCUUUUCUGCACUGCUCGAAUCAAAUCCGGCCUCCGCCCUUCCGAACCACUACAAGAGUCUUAUCACCCCCUUGCUUCAGCACACACUGUGGGAAACAAGAGGUAAUGUCCCUGGUUGUACAAGGUUGCUGGCGGCAAUCGUUCCUCGAGCGUCCCAAGAUAUCGUGGCCGCCAACCAAGUCGAACCGAUUCUCGGCAUCUUUCAGAAACUAUUGGUCGGCAAGAAAACGGAGCAAAACGCAUUCGAUGUUCUGGAGUCCGUGGUGAUCUCCAUUCCGAAGACGAGCCUUGAAAAGUUCUUCACGACGAUCUUGCAACUCGUUUUGAACAAGCUGGACCACAACCCUGCUGAAUCGUACAAGAAACGUCUUGUACGAUUCUACCAUCUCAUAUCUGCAAAUGUUGAUAUCGGCCUUGGUGCGGAUUUCUUCGUUGCUCAGAUGGACAAGGUACGAGAGGAAAUGAAGGUCCAGGCAGACAUAUUUGUGCCCCUGUACUUGAAAACGGUUCUGCCCGUUUCUCCCCUGUUUGCCAGUCCCGUCGACCGUAAGCUAGCCGUGGUCUCUCUGACCAAGUCAUUGGCCGAGACCCAGGCCUUUGGACAGCGAUACCAGAAAGGUUGGCGCUUCACUUGCGAGACCCUGCUUACGAUGCUCACCAACGCGCCGAAAGCAACCGGGGGCACGGGCGACGAGAUCAUCCGGGAGGCCGAUGUAGACGAUAUCGGUUUUGGCUUAGGUUUCACAGCACUCAACACCUGCAAGAAACCACCACGCGACGAUUUUCCCGAGGUGCAGGAUGUUCCGCAAUGGGUGCGGCAAUACUUAACGCAGGCGAAUGCGGCCAGGGGUGGCGUAAUCGCAAGUUACGUGGAUCGCCUGUCUGAUGAAGGAAAACAGGCAUUCGCGAUGUACAUGGGUUAA